AUGCAGUUCGGCAGCGCCGUUGGCGAAGCGCGUUUCUCGUUCAUUCUCACCAAUAUCGACGAUACGUUCGUACUUGUUACAUAUAAACUAACCCCCAUUGAGAUUGUCGUUGGCCAAUACAUCGGUUUCACCGUCAUCACCGGCGUUAGUUUGAUUGGGUAUGCCGCCGCAGUAGGGCUUCCCUCUGAACCUAUCGGAUUUUUGGGGCUAUUACCACUCCUGCUUGGUGUUUGGAAAGGACUCGGUGUUGCAGCGAUUGCGAUAUAUGUCGUGACUUAUUACAUCCUUCUUGGUGUCUUAUGUCUCAUCACUUUUCUUACGAUGAAGCAGAAGCAUAUUGUGCAUAUCGCCGAAAAGUAUGCUUCGUUCAUAAUACCAUUUCUUUGUAUCGGCCUCGGUAUCUAUAUCACACUCAUCCAGCUCCUCGGUAACCCAGGCAAGAUAGUCAUAAACGUUGUGACUUCAUUCAUACUAUUUUUCAUUAUGGCAGGCAUGGUGUGGAUUAGAAUGCGCAAGCGAAAUAGCCGAUUCAAUCUCAGAAGAACUGCUCCUCGGAAUGCCGUCAGUUCAGCUGCUGAGAACAGCAAAGAUAUCUACCUCAGCUUAAGGAUGAGUGUGAGAGAACAACAACUACGAUCAAGGGAGAUCCAGAUACGGCGCAGUUAGAGUCUAUUAGUAGACUUCAACUACAGAUAGAUACAAAAGGUGGUUAGAUAGAGAGACUCAACUGAAACCUUACAUUGUUGAUGGUAAAUGCUAAAGCCCUCGAAUUUCCGAUUAUUGUCCCGUCUGACAGGUCGAGUAGUUCUUGGAUGUUUGCCGGUAACCAUG